UCGGCUCCCCGUGUGCUCUCCUCCCACAGACAGCAGCAGGACACUGUGAGGACUGAGCCGAGACAUGAGGACAAUAACGCGGAUCUGUGUGCGCGGCCCCGCCGGCGCAGCGCACAUCUCCAUCUACCAGCGCGCAAUAAUUGAAAUGACGCAUUGAGCCGCGGGCGCACAGAGCGGCACAGAGCGUGACGAUAGACGUCAUUUGGCUCCAGAGCCGGAGGGAUGUUUGAUGUUAAAAUAUGAGCUGCAUGUGCAGACAGACAGCAGGCAGAGAAGAAGAGCUGCAGACUGGGAACAGAAGAAGAAGAAAAAGGUUUAUUUUAAAUUAUUCUCAUAAAGCAUCUCAGUGACGGAGCAGCGGAGUCUGAAACAGAAACAGAGAAGAAGAAACCGGUUUAUUGUGACCUAAUCCCGGCCCCCGGGGAUCAGAAGGGCCCCCGGGCACACUCCUCUUUAUUCUCUCUCUCUCUCUCUCUCUCUCUCUCUCUCUCUCUCUCUCUCUCUCUCUCUCUCUCUCUCUCUCUCUCUCACACACACACACACACACACACACACACAGCCUGACGUGAAUUGAAGAACAACCGAUAUCCUCACAUUUCUAACCCCGGGACGGUGCAGACAGACGCCGGACUCCAUGUCUUCUGUGUCGGUGUCCUCUCAGGAGGGACGGAGUUUGUCCAGAGUGUCUCUGAGCCGCUCCCCCGUGUCCCCCAUGACCACGCAGGGCAUCCCGUCCCCCGCCCAGCUCACCAAGGCCAACGCCCCCGUGCACAUCGACGUGGGGGGGCACAUGUACACCAGCAGCCUGGCCACGCUCACCAAAUACCCCGAGUCCAGGAUCAGCCGUCUGUUUAACGGCACUGAGCCCAUCGUGCUGGACAGUCUGAAGCAGCACUACUUCAUCGACCGAGACGGAGACAUCUUCCGCUUCAUCCUCGGCUUCCUGCGCACUUGCAGACUGCUGCUGCCCGAAGACUUCAAGACUCUGGUGCUGGUCCACCGUGCU